CCUCGCUCUCUCUCUCUCUCUGUGCACAAUGCUCUGUCUCACAAAUUGGCAUAAACCCUAAUCCCUUCCAUAAACAGUUUAAUUUCAGUUUACAGAAGCACACCCAGAAUGGCAACUCUGCUUCAGGCAUCCAGCUCGGCAUUCACUUGUUUUCCCACAAGUCUUUUCUCGAAAGAUCAUUUCUUUCGCUUUCGACAACACUCACACCCACUCGUCCUCAGGUGUUGUAAUUUGGUGGAGCCACUCAAGUUUGAGAAUGGAAAGCCACAGCUACCUCUUCUUGAUUCUCAACCAGCGUUUCCAAGUUUCUUGCUUUCAUCUACCCAUUUACACAGUUCUGAAAACAAGCAUGACACAAGACUCCGCAUCUUCUCUGGCACUGCAAAUCUUGCUCUUUCCCAGGAAAUUGCCUGCUACAUGGGUCUGGAACUUGGAAAAAUUAAGAUAAAACGUUUUGCGGAUGGUGAGAUUUAUGUUCAGUUGCAAGAAAGUGUUAGGGGGUGUGAUGUGUAUCUUGUGCAACCCACAUGCCCACCUGCAAAUGAGAAUCUUAUGGAGCUUCUGAUAAUGAUUGAUGCCUGUAGGCGGGCAUCAGCCAAGACUAUAACUGCAGUAAUUCCGUAUUUUGGGUAUGCUAGGGCUGAUAGGAAGACUCAGGGGCGUGAAUCAAUUGCUGCCAAACUUGUCGCAAAUUUGAUUACCGAAGCAGGUGCAAACCGUGUUCUUGCUUGCGAUCUUCAUUCUGGGCAGUCCAUGGGUUAUUUUGAUAUCCCAGUGGAUCAUGUGUAUGGUCAGCCUGUGAUACUUGAUUACCUUGCCAGCAAGACUAUAUGCUCUGACGAUUUGGUAGUGGUCUCACCUGAUGUUGGAGGUGUUGCUAGAGCACGUGCUUUUGCCAAAAAACUAUCUGAUGCACCUUUAGCUAUUGUGGAUAAAAGACGUCAUGUGCACAAUGUUGCAGAGGUAAUGAAUUUGAUUGGUGAUGUGAAAGGUAAAGUUGCUGUCAUGGUGGAUGACAUGAUUGACACAGCUGGGACUAUUGCCAAAGGUGCAGCUCUAUUACACCAAGAGGGGGCCAGGGAAGUCUAUGCAUGUACUACCCAUGCUGUUUUCAGUCCUCCUGCAAUAGAGAGGUUGUCAAGCGGUCUGUUUCAAGAAGUGAUCAUAACAAACACCAUCCCUGUGUCAGAGAAGAACUAUUUUCCACAGCUGACAGUCUUGUCAGUAGCAAACCUCCUUGGCGAGACCAUAUGGCGCAUUCAUGAUGACUGCUCGGGGGGGUUUGAACCCUAUGCAAGCUUGGGCAUCGACUGACCAUAUCCGCAUCAACAGAUUUCCCUCCCAGCUUUCCUUACAGCCAUUCGGAAACAGAAUUUUCCAUAUAAAAGUUGAGAUCUUAUGUAGAUAAAUGCAAAUUGUUUGUUGUCAAUGGUUGUUUACAGUCAACCAAUUAUAAGUAGCUUCAAUAAACUCAUCACAGGUCCAUAGAAAUUCGUAUGGGGUUGUAAAUCUCAUCUUUGUAAUUCAUGUAUAAUGUUUUGUUUGUGUCUUUUGCUGUAAUGAAGUUUGCUUUGUAUGGUCAUACUCUUCACUCAGCAGGUGAUCUAAUAAUGCAUAUGUGUUCCACUUUCUUCUU